AUGGUUGAGGAGGAAGCCAAGAGCUUACCUAUGGAGCUGAGUGAGAAGGGGGGUGUGGAGAACAACGGGUUCGUUCAAAAUGAGGCUGUUGAUGACAACGGGACCAACUCCAGUACCCAAGAAGAAGUGACAAAAGCAUGUGCUGUUGAUGUGGAUGCAGCAGCGACAGAGGAGCCGGUGCUGAAGCCCUAUGCAGGGAUGCCAAAGGAAGUGUUGCUCAAGUUCUCCAGUCAACCCCAGUACAGAGUCACCAGGGAGAUUCUCUUCUGGCUCAUAAUUGCCAUUGCUGUCCUGCUUGUAUGUGCCACGAUUGUCAUUAUUGCUCUCUCUCCAAAGUGCCUUGACUGGUGGCAGGCUGGUCCUAUUUACCAGAUCUAUCCUCGUUCCUUCAAGGACAGCGACAUGGAUGGGAAUGGGGAUCUGAAAGGUAUCCAGGAAAAACUGGAUCAUAUUACGUACUUGAAUGUAAAAACUAUCUGGAUCACCUCUUUCUAUAAGUCCCCAUUAAAAGACCUUGGGUAUGGUGCCGAAGACUUCUAUGAUGUUGAUCCCAUGUUUGGAUCAAUGAGUGAUUUUGAGAACCUGCUUGCAGCCAUCCAUGACAGAGGGAUAAAAGUGAUAAUGGAUUUAAUACCGAACCACACCAGCAACAAACACCAGUGGUUCCAGCUGAGCCGCAAUCGCACUGGCAAGUACACGGACUACUACAUCUGGCAGGACUGCGGCCAGGCUGCGGGGUCUGUCACUCCUCCAAACAACUGGGUGAGUGUCUAUGGGGAUUCCAGCUGGCAGUUUGACGAUGUGAGGAAGCAGUGUUAUUUUCACCAGUUUGGGAAAGAACAGCCGGACUUAAACUUCCACAACCUCGCUGUCCAACAAGAAAUCCAUGACAUCAUCAAAUUUUGGCUUGGCAAAGGGGUUGAUGGAUUUAGUUUCAGCGCUGUGAAGUAUCUUCUAGAAGCAAAGCAUCUCCGAGAUGAGCCUCUAGUGAACAAGUCCCAGAAUCCAGAGAAUAUCACUGCCUAUUCCCAACUCUACCAUGACUACACAACCACACAAGUUGGCAUGCACGAUAUCAUCCGUAGCUUCCGUCAGACUAUGAAUCAGUUCAGCAGUGAACCUGGUCGAUACAGAUUUAUGGGUUCUGAUGGUGAUGACAAGGAAGACAUGGAAGCAACAAUGAUGUAUUAUGGCACAACUUUUGUCCAAGAAGCAGAUUUUCCUUUCAAUUUCAACCUAAUUAACAUGAAAAAUCUAUCAGGCAACAGUAUUUUUGAAGCUGUCAAUCUGUGGAUGAGAAACAUGCCUUCAGGAAAAUGGCCAAACUGGGCGGUUGGAAGCCCUAACGCUGCUCGGCUUUCAUCUCGGAUUGGGAAAGAGUAUGUCAAUGUUAUGAACAUGCUGAUUUUAACCCUCCCUGGUACUCCAGUAACUUACUACGGUGAAGAAAUCGGCAUGGAGAACAUCGCAUCAGAAAGUGUAAGUGAAGAGCAUAAAAACUCUGAUCCUGUGACCUUUCCAGAGAAAUCCCCCAUGCAGUGGGAUGGCAAAGUUAAUGCUGGUUUUACUGAGGGCAACAGUAGCUGGUUACCUGUUAACCCCGACUACCAAAGUGUCAAUGUUGAAAUGCAGAUGACCUGGUCCAACUCAACCCUGAAUUUGUACAGAGAGCUAACUUCACUUCGCGACAAUGAGCUCCCCAUUCAUCGGGGCUGGAUGUGCUACAUCUGGAAUGACAGCAAUGUUUUUGUGUAUGUGAGGGAAAUGGAUGGGUUAGACAGAGUCUUUCUGAUGGUUCUCAAUUUUGGGCAGGAAUCAACAAUUGACCUGAAAGCUGUCGUUCCUAAUCUUCCUCCUAAAGCUACUAUAAGACUAAGUACUAAUUUUAGCGAUGCUGGUAAAGCUAUCAAUACUGAACAAAUUAAAACUGAAAUGGGAGAAGGCCUCAUCCUUGAAUAUAAAACAGCAAAGCCUGUUCAUACUAUGAAAGCUUUUCAACCAAAUUGUUUUGUGUCAGAAAAAGCUUGUUAUUCCAGUGCCUUCAAUUUACUCUAUGCAACCUGUUAA